GCAGCAAGUCCCAAAUACCCAAAAGCUUUCUUUAUUUAUUGGCCUUUCUCGUCCUCAGUCCUCUUCUCAUCCACCAAACCCUAAAGCUCUUCUCUCUUUCUCACUCAUAUAAUCAUGCAGAUCAACUCAAACUCCUUCAACUACACAUACUCCAGUGAGAGUGCCUGUUUGGAAGCCGAUGAUCAAGAAGAUGAAGAUUCUAUUAUCCUUUCUCUUGGCCCUCCAGGUCAACGUCACCUCUCCGAACUCCCCGUCUAUCAACCCUCCUCAAAUCAACUUGGCAACAAAAAACAAAACCCAAAUUCUAAAAGUGGUGUAACAGUAGCUCUGCAUAUCGGUCCACCAUCAGACACCGACAAUCAAGAUGACCCGAGCAACACUACUGAUACUGGUCAUCUAGUCGAAGGGCAUUAUUGGAUUCCUUCACCUGCACAAAUCCUUGUUGGCCCAACACAGUUCUCUUGCACUGUCUGCAACAAAACCUUCAAUAGAUACAAUAAUAUGCAGAUGCAUAUGUGGGGGCAUGGUUCACAGUACAGGAAGGGCCCGGAGUCAUUAAGGGGGACAAAAGCAGCUUCUUCUAUGCUCAGACUGCCAUGUUAUUGUUGUGCUGAGGGUUGCAAGAACAACAUAGAGCACCCAAGAUCGAGGCCAUUGAAGGAUUUUCGGACUCUACAGACACAUUACAAGCGAAAGCAUGGAACAAAGCCUUUUGGGUGUCGAAAAUGCGGCAAGCAUUUUGCUGUUAGAGGUGACUGGAGAACUCAUGAGAAAAAUUGUGGAAAGCUUUGGUUUUGCAUUUGUGGGUCUGAUUUUAAGCACAAGAGGUCACUUAAAGAUCAUGUUCAUGCCUUUGGAGAUGGACAUGCACCUCAUACCGCCGAAUCUUAUGAAGUUGGAGAAGAAGAUAACAUGGAUGAAGAUGAUGAUGAGGAAGAUGAAAAUGGUGGGUAUAGUAAUAAUAUUAGUCCUGGUUUGUUCUAACUAUGAAUAUAGAAUAAUUAAAUUAGAGAGUGGUUUAAUUAUGCUUAUGUUAUGUGAGAGACGGAGAGGGAGAGAGCGGAUGUAGACAAAGGAUACGGUGAAAGCUAGGGUUGUAUGUAUUUAAUGUUUGAAGUGCCAGUUAAAUUUAUCUAAUCAAGUAUCUCUUUGUUAUA